CGUUGGUUCAGUCAAGUGUAUACAGGUGUAAACAAAUACCUGCAACAUAGACGGUGUACAGGCUCGAGGAGGAUACAUUUAUAUAACAGAAGUUAUACGUAGUUUUCGGAAUACAAAACGGACUAAAAAUUAGCCAUGGGUUGUUCUAACCGUCCAUAUUUUUGGCCGGUGAUGUCGCUUGUUGUGGUCGCCCUGAGUUUUCAACUGUUCGCGUAUGUGUAUCCGGGCUGGAUCAUGAUGCGGAGGGAUGUCACCCAGUACUGCCGGAAGGGAACCAUUAACGAGGAGGUGGACAUGAUGAAGGAGGAGAUAUUUGGCGCACCUGCCCCACCCCCGGGUACUGGGGAUAAACAGGACCCGGAAAUGAAUGAGCCGCGCGUGCCGGAAGAGCUAACAGAGGAAAAGAAACCGGAAGAGGAGUGGGUGGAGGAGCAGGAGUUCAAACAGUGGUUCAACGGCGUCAUCGUUGAUAUAAAGAAGAUUGAUUUCGCCCUUCACUUCGGUCUGUUCCAUGCCCGAGUGUGCGUGAGAGAGAAGGAGUCGGAGACUGUUAUCAUUGGGGAGAUGGGUAAGGAGGAGAUUGACACGUUGGAGGAGAAAGCGGAUGAGCCGACCAUGAUGGCCCGCCGCAGCGCCAGCUCAGACUCCCAUGACUCUGACAGCAAAGAACACCACGAUGGCAAACACGGGGACGACAAACACCACAAAAAGUGCCACUGCAAGAAGUUGUCCAUCAACUGUGCGCUGAAGAACGCCUGGGUGUUCGAGGACCCCGCCAAUUACUAUAACCUGGGAGGCCGCAAGAACGAGGUCCUGUCUAAACACAACUACGGAUACGCGAGCCUGUCGGAACAUCGCGCAGAGGUCUCUAUUGCUGUCAUCUUCAACUUCCUUGGCCUUAUCUCCGCCAUCGGCGCCUUCCGCAAGAACCCCGGAUGUAAAUACUCGGCCGUCGUCUGCGUCGUGUUUCUCCUCAUUGCCGCGUUCUUCACGAUCGCCCCCGUGAGCCGGUUCGCCCACUACAGCGUUAACAAGCACCACAUGAGACUUCCGGUUAACGUGUCGCCGCCCGUGUGUGCCAUCGCUUCCGGUCUGGGUGCCAUCCUAGCUGUCAUCGCCGCCUUCGUCGCCUUCAUCGGCGCCAUGAGCAGCAUCCGGAAGCAGCGCUCCGGCCGCUGGUACCAGUUCAACAAUGAGCUGGAGCUUCCGGCGGAACUUGAGAAGGAGAAGUCGCCGAAACUCGUGUUUAUCAACGACCCACUUCCGCCCAAGCCGGGAUUCGAGGACCAGGGAAAUAUGUAAACAUGUGGCGUGAACCAUCAUUUUUUUUAUAGAUUUUAUGCAGAUAAGAGUUAAAAAGUUCAUAUGCAUAUUAUGUGCAAUUAAUAAUACAAAAACGUUUUUUAUAAGUUAAAUAUACAUAUCGUUAAAGCAAAAAAGAAUUAAUACUCGGGUUGUAGGUUUUUGGGUGUGUUUUUAUUUCUUUCUCUUCUUUGAGAUAAUGUGUUGUCUCCUGAUGUUGUUUUGAACUGUGUGGUAGGAAACCACGGCUCGGGCUCAAUCGAACAGAGUGUUGGAUUCACGGUGUGAUGUACAUGUGUAAACUAUAUGUAUAUAGGAAGCAUAAUCGAUUUUAUACAGCUGUAGAAUAUCGUCGCAAGGACUGUUAUUUUAUCAUUUUAUAUAUAAUGAGGAUCUGAACUACUUGGUAGCAUUUGUAAUUUACUUUAAAGACAAACUAGUUUUUGGUAUAACUUCAACACUUGACACUUCAACAUUCCUGUUCUAGUUAUUUUUUAUUUUUAAUAAACGUUGUUUUUAA